UUUCUCAUUUAAUUUGGUUUUUUGCUAACCCAGACUAUGAAGGUAUAAGACCUCCUACGAUUAUCCCAAAUACUCCUAUAGUAGAUUAUUUCCUUAGCAACUUAGGAAAAAAAGUUGAGAUACCUUUACUAAACAAAGUGUUGGUAAAUAAUCACACAACUUAUUCAAUAAGAGGUACUAAAGACGUUUUGCGAACUAUCAAAACUGUGGCGCAAAGAAUUGCGAAUGGAUUUGAAUCAUUCCUUUAUCCAUUUGGUAUAAAUGAAAACUUAACAACACCACCAUUGACUAUUAAAUCAAUAAGGAAACUUAAAGAUUUGAUACCUUUACUAAACAAAAUGUUGGUAAAUAAUCACACAACUUAUUCAAUAAAAGGUACUAAAGACGUUUUGCAAACUAUCAAAGCUGGAGAAACUUAUCCUGGUUUGGUGGCGCAAAAAAUUGCGAAUAGAUUUGAAUCAUUCCUUUAUCCAUUUGAUAUAAAUGAUAACCUAAAAACACCACCAUUGACUAUUAAAUCAAUAAGGAAACUUAAAGAUUUGGUAAAUUAUGAAGAAAAUUCACCAUAUGAAGUAGAGGUAGAAGAGGAAAUUGAGUAUAUAACUGGAAUUUCUCAUUUAAUUUGUUUUUUUGCUAACCCAGACUAUGAAGAUAUAAGACCUCCUAAGUUUAUCCCAAAUACUCCUAUAGUAUAUUAUAUCCUUAGCAACUUAGGAAAAAAAGUUGAGAUACCUUUAUUAAAUAAAGUGUUGAUAAAUAAUCUCACAAUUUAUUCAAUAAAAGGUACUAAAGAUGCUUUGCAAACUAUUGAAGAUGGAAAAUCUAAUCCUGACUUG